CAUAGCUUUAGCUCCGCCUUUUCUCCUGUAGACUUCCCGGUCUGAGUGUACUCAUUCCUCUUUGUAACAGUGGGAUUGCGGCCGUUGUGUGAAAAUGCCCUUCCUUGAGCUGCAGAGUAACCUGCCGGCAAGCCAGUUCUCCGAAGAACUGCUGAACAAGCUGUGCUGUACGGCUGCAAGGAUCCUGGACAAACCCAAGGAGAGAAUUAACAUGAGUGUGAAACCAGGCCUGUUAAUGGCCAUUGGAGGCAGCACAGCCCCCUGUGCCCAACUGGUUGUGUCUUCCAUUGGUGUGGUGGGCACAGCUGAGCAGAACAAGCAACACAGUGCCAAGUUCUUUGAGUUUCUCACACAAGAACUGGGUCUAGCCCCAGACAGGAUCCUGAUUCUAUUUUACCCAAUAGAGAAGUGGCAGAUAGGGAAAAAUGGGACUGUCAUGACUUUUCUGUAAACAAACUUUGGACUGAAGUCUUGUGUGUUGACACAUACAUGUUUGUCCUACCAUGCCUACCAGUCUUGUACUACCAGUUGUGUUCUUGAAUGCAGUACUACAGUACCUAACAUUAAACAAUUCCAGUGAUGCAGUGAA